AAGUACUUUUAUACGUUAUAGGAAAAGAGAAAAAAGAUGAGAGUUUUGGCUAUAGUUUUGUUCACCCUGGCAUCUACAGUUGGAGCCUUGGCUGAUAUUACUUCAAUCAUCAGCCGAGACCUCUUCAAUGAGAUGCUCAAGCAUCGCAACGAUGCUGCCUGCCCUGCCAAGGGGUUCUACACCUAUGAUGCUUUCAUUGCCGCUGCCAACUCCUUUGGUGCUUUUGGUACCACCGGUGACGUUGACACUACGAAGAGAGAGAUCGCCGCCUUCUUAGCUCAAACUUCUCAUGAAACUACAGGUUUAAUCCCUAUACCCCAUUUCACAAAUCUAUCCAUACUUUUUUUUUCGUAAGUAUAUAACUUUUACAAGAAUCGGAAAUUUUGAAAUUAAAACCUUCGUAAAAUGUGAAGAUUGUUUGUAAUCAAUGACUCUUGUACAGGUGGGUGGGCUACUGCCCCGGAUGGUCCAUAUGCGUGGGGCUACUGCUUUGUUCAGGAGCAAGGUAACCCUGGAGAUUAUUGUGUUCCAAGUCAACAGUGGCCUUGUGUUCCCGGCAAGAAGUAUUAUGGCCGAGGUCCCAUCCAGAUUUCAUAGUAAGUACUAAUUAAUUACACUCCUUGUGACUUUGUCCCACAAUUUUUAAAUUUUUUUCCUAUUUACUUUCUUUAUUUUGGCAAAGAAAGAACUGUAUUUAAU